AUGCGCCGUGUUGUCGUGACAGGUCUUGGCGCCGUCAGUCCCCUCGGAGUAGGCGCCCGCAGAACCUGGAAACGUCUCCUAGCUGGGGAGGCUGGAUUGGUAGAUCUCUCUGCAGUCGAGCCUCGAGCCCGGUGGAAAGGUCUCACCAGCACCGUUGCUGGACUCGUUCCAGGCGGCGCGGGUGGACUAGCUGAGGGACAAUGGCAUCCACCAGACUGGCUCGAUGCCACGGAACAGAGGCGCAUGUCAAAGUUCGCCCAGUAUGCGAUUGCGGCUGCUGAGAUGGCCCUCGUGGAUGCCGGGUGGAAACCAACCUGCCAGGGUGACCUUGAGGCUACUGGGGUCUGCGUGGGGAGCGGCAUUGGCAACCUGGACGAGCUCUACACCACCAGUCUCGCCUUUGAGAAAGAUGGUUACAAGAAAGUGUCUCCCCUGUUUGUCCCCAAGAUUCUCAUCAAUCUUGCGGCUGGCCAUGUCUCCAUGAAGUAUGGGUUUCAGGGACCCAACCACUCCGCAACCACGGCGUGCACAACUGGCGCUCACUCCAUAGGAGACGCGUCCAGGUUCAUUGCGUACGGGGACGCCGAUGUUAUGGUCGCCGGCGGCUCGGAAUCUUGCAUCCACCCUCUGACCUUUGCGGGUUUCGGCAGGUCUAGAUCCCUAUCUACCGCCUACAACAGUGAUCCGAAGGCGAGCUGUCGGCCCUUCGACAGGGAUAGAGACGGAUUUGUCGUGGCUGAGGGGGCGGCUGUCCUCAUUCUCGAGGAGCUCGAGCACGCCAAGGCGCGAGGUGCCGACAUUCUGGCUGAGGUUGCCGGCUAUGGCUGCAGCGGUGAUGCACACCACAUGACGGCUCCACGAGAGGAUGGGUCAGGCGCCUUGCUAGCCAUGAAAAGAGCUUUGAAGAAUGCGCAGAUAAGACCACGUGAGGUGAACUACAUCAAUGCUCACGCUACCAGCACCCCGAUUGGCGAUGCUGCAGAAGCUAGUGCAAUCAGGACCUUAAUGCUGGGAGAGGAUGGUGUGGACAGUGAGAGCCAGGUCACCGUGAGCAGUACCAAAGGAGCAGUCGGUCAUCUGCUCGGUGCUGCUGGUGCGAUCGAGGCGCUCUUCUCUGUGUUGGCGAUCUCAGAGAGCGCAGUACCACCUACCCUGAAUCUGCACAACCCAAACGUAGGAGCCGAUUUCAACUUCGUGCCCCUGCAGGCACAGCAACAACGGGUGGAUGUUUCCAUGUCGAACUCUUUCGGCUUCGGUGGUACAAAUGCCUCCCUUGUAUUUUCAAGAUAUUUGUGA